AUGGAAAUAAGUCACCUGAAGAAUAUAUUUGUAAUUGCUUUUGGAUUUUUACUUAUAUUCAUUGCUUUUGGUGGCCUCCAAACUUUGCAGAGUAGUCUAAAUCCAUAUGAAGGCAUGGGAGCCAUUUCUCUAAGUGUUAUAUAUGGAAGCCAGAUCUUUUCUUCUGUUUUCAUUACUCCAUUUGCUAUACAGAAGCUUGGAUGUAAAUUGACAAUUGUAAUCGCUAUGUGUUUUUACAUCAUCUGUACAUUGGCAAACUUCUAUCCAAAAUGGUACACUCUGAUUCCAACGUCUGUCAUGGUCGGCUUAGGUGGCAGUCCAUUCUGGACAGCAAAAUGCACCUACCUCACUCUUAGUGCAAAACAGUAUGCAGAGAAAAUGGGAAAAGUAAAGAUGCAUGUUAUAAACCAGUAUUUUGGAAUAUUUUUCCUCAUAUUUCAGUCAUCAAGAAUUUGGGGAAAUCUUAUAUCUUCGUUAAUACUGAAUUUUGCUGAAAACGAGCCAUUGAAGUAUUUGAACAACACAAACUGUGGAUCAAGUGAUUUUCUUGCCAUCCUAAUUAAGACUGGGAACACGAGCAGUUCGGAACCAAUGGCAACAAAAUCACAGCAUUUCUUAAUGUACGUAAUUUUAGGUAUAUAUACAGGAUGUGGUACUCUAGCAGUUUUGUUGGUUGCUUGUUUUCUGGAUCCAAUUGAUCUUCAACAUAAAAUGGACAAAAGUGAGCCCCCUCGAAACAUUUUUACCCAUUUCCUGGUAACAUUAAAACAUCUCCAGGAUAAACGUCAAUGGCUUUUAAUUCCUUUGACUAUGUACUCAGGAAUUGAACAAGGGUUUAUUUUGAGUGAUUAUACACAGUCAUAUGUUACCUGUUCUUUAGGAAUACAGUUUGUUGGUUAUGUGAUUAUUAUAUUUGGCGCAACAACUUCAAUUUGUUCUUACUUCUUUGGGAAGCUUUGUCAAUACGCCAGUCGGAUUAUUUUCUUUUUUUUAGCUGCAGUUAUUAACAUUAUCAGCAUAACAGCAUUAUUUUUGUGGAAGCCUCUGUCUGACCAACUAGUCGUGUUCUUUGUAUUUUCUGGAUUAUGGGGCAUUGGAGAUGCUGUGUGGCAAACACUAGUAAAUGCUCUCUACGGAACACUCUUUGAUGACAACAGAGAGGCAGCUUUUGCUAACUACCUUCUAUGGAAAUCCUUGGGAUACUUUUUAUCGUUUGGAUACAGCUCGUUUCUAAGCAUCAAUAUAAAACUAUCGAUAUUAUUGUGUAUUCUGGUAGUGGGGAUGGUACUAUAUGGCAUUGUUGAAUAUACUGAAUCCAAGAAAUCACAAUUUAGAUUACAUGAUCCUAUAGACACAAAGAAUAUAGACAUAAAUGCAUGAUGCAUUGAACAUAUAUUAUUUAAACAUGAUACAAACUGGCAUUAUGUUGUUCUUAAUGUAUGUUUAUUAGACUUUUUUAGAUUCUCACAAACCUUCAUUUGAACAA